CUUCGCACAAUUGCCAGCAAAGAUCAACUGGCUGUCAUGGCUCUCCGUGGACGUGAAUGGUUCCAGGCAGAAUGUGACAGUGAGAGAUCUCCUUCGGUGGCCAACGUGCCUGACGUCGUUCGGUCUUUGAAUCUUCCUCAGCAUCAAGUGGGACGACCUCAAAUCCUCUCGAGGACACUCACUGGUGUCGAGCUUGUCGACCAGCACAGCCUGCAGUGUGUACCAAGACAUACCAAGGCCUUAGCAGCAUUUCUCGAGAUCCAAUCCUUUGAUGGUUUUCAGGCGGGGCAUUCUUUCCGGCGGUACCCUGAUGCAGCGAGCUUUCUGGAUACUAGCAAGGAUCCACGGAAUCCCAAAUGCCUGGCCGCGCAGCUGACGAGGCUCUCGACUAUGCUUACAAUGCAGAAGCCGAGACCAUGAGAGCAAGCGGUAAGGCUGACCAAGCGGAGGAACAGACAGAAGCGGCUGAGGCAUGGGAAGAUUACGAGUUGUCCUUGCUUGCGUUCCUUUCGCUGGUGAUGGUCGGAACAACUGGUUGGCUGUAUUCCCAGUACCAACGGUGGGUCAGCUUAAAGAAGGCCAUGGCGGACCACUACCACGGCCGCACACAGCAGUGACACUUCUGCUUUAAUCCCACCCACUAAGAAGGAGAGAUUUCAGCUCAAUAUUGCACGCCAAGAGGAAACUCCAAACACCAAGUUUGGAACUUGACGCUCCUCUCAAAGCUUGCUUGCAAGGGCGUGCACUUAAGUGGACUGUGGGCCAGAUUCGCA